AUGGACCUGAGCAUCCACUAUAGCCCUAAGGACCAUCUCCAAGCCUUCCUGCUCCAGUGGGCCUGGGAGAGGAGAGAACGAGUCCAGCUGUGCCCCAGUUGGGUCAUAUCUGGGUCACCUGCAGCGUCUCCAAGGGCUGCAUAUGCAGGAAGUCCUAUUCCUUGGUGGAAAGCUGCCCGCCAUCUUCAGGAGACUGCCGCCAUUGAAGACAUGUCUUUGAGUUCGUGUAAUCUGCAGGAAACUGACCUGAGGUUUCUGUCCUGGUGUCUCUGCACCAGGCAGCGCCAGCACCUGUGCCUGAGGAAUUCGUCCAUAAAAACCUUCAGUCCUGAACUCCUGAGAGCCCUGCUGGAGCAACUGGCCGGCACCAUGGAGACCCUGGUGCUGGAGAAAUGUGAAACCACAGAUGCUCAGGUCUCAGCCUUCUUACCAGCCCUAAGCCAGUGCUCCAAGCUCAGCUUCUUCAGGUUCUCUGGAAACCACAUCUUCAUGGACACCCUGAAGAGCCUCCUGGGCCUCAUGGCUAGGUUGGGCCACUUGAAUGAAAGCAUCUAUUCUCCCUCUGUGGAGAGCUAUGGACCCACAGGGAACUUGGACCCUGACAGUUUCUUUCAGGUUCUGGCUGGGUUGGCCCAGGAUUUGGGAGAUGUGGUGACAACCCCUAAUAAGAUCCAGAUCUGCCCAGGUUUCUGUCAUUUGUGCAACUGUUUACUAUACUACUUCCGGGGGGCAGAUGGCUCCUGGGUGCUCAGAGAUGAGGAGUUCCACAACCACGGGGCUCUGGCUGGGUCCUGCAUCCGGUGCAAACCGCAUCACAAGUCUAUAAUGUAUCCUCUCUGGGAAGAAUUAGAACACAAUCUUGUUUACUCAAAUAACUAUCAGUUUGUUUUGGCCUUGACUUUUGCUAUGGAAGAGAUCAACAAAACUCCUGCUCUUUUACAUAACUUGACUCUGGGAUUUGAUAUCUGUAAUGUUGAAGAUGGAUUGCCAACAGCAUUUAAAAAUCCCUUCAUUUGCUUUUUUGGGAACUACACGGUUCCUAACUACUCGUGUAUAAGUGGCAACAAGUCUAUAGGAGCACUUACAGGACCAUCAGGAGUAACAUCUGCCCAGAUAGGCACAUUGCUGGACCUCUACAGGUUACCACAGCUCACCAUUGGGCCUUAUGAUCAGGCCCUGAAUGACCACAGGAAGUUCCCUGGUCUCUAUCAGAUGGCCUCCAAGGACACGUCGAUAGCCACUGCCAUGGUCUCCUUACUGGUUUACUUCAGAUGGAACUGGGUGGGACUGUUAACCUUUCUAGAUGAGAAUGGCUUGUGGAUUCUUCCUCUACUGAAAGAGGAGAUGGACAAGAACAGAAUUUGUGUAGCCUUCGAGCUAGCAAUCUCAAUUUAUGGCCUAUCAUUUGAACGCUUGUGGGAGUCCCCCUUGAGGAGGAGAUCUUUAACGCGAGGUUCAUUCCAUGUCCUUCUAACUUUUUCACACCAUCACCCAGAUGUUUCUAGAUUCACAGAUUUUGUCAAGGCAGUAAACCCUUGCAAAUACCCAGAAGACUUUUUCCUUGCUCGGCUGUGGUUUCUCUCUUUCAAUUGCUCAGAUUCUGAGUCUGACUGUGUCACAUGGCAGAACUGUCCUCGUGAUGCCUCCUUGGAUUGGUUACCUGGGCACAUUUUUGGCUUGACUAUGUCUGCAGAAAGUUACAAUAUAUACAAUGCUGUGUAUGCUGUGGCCCAGGCUCUCCAUGAGAUGCUGCUACAUCAAACAGAAGUACAGACAAUAGAAAACAGGAAAGAGACAGUGCCUUCCCCUGCACAGCUGCACACUUUUCUGAGGAACACCCAAUUUCAGAAUCCUGCUGGAGACCAGGUGAUUAUAGAUGAUAAAAGAAAAUUGGAGGCAGAUUAUGACAUUGUGAACACUUGGAAUAUUCCACAAGGUCUUGAUCUUAAGGUGAAAAUAGGACAGUUUUCUCCAUUUGCUCUACAUGAUCAUCAACUAUCUUUAUCUGAAGAUUUGGUAGAGUGGCCCAUAGAAACUACAGAGCCUUUUCUCUCUGUCUGCAGUGAGAGUUGUGGUCCUGGAUUCAGGAAAUCGCUUCAGGAGGGAAAGGCUGCCUGUUGCUUUGAUUGUACCCCUUGCACAGAGAAUGAGAUGGCGAAUGGGACAGACAUGGAGCAGUGUGUGAGGUGUCCAGAUCACCAGUAUGCCAACACACAGAGAAACCAGUGCCUCCUAAGAGCUGCAAGCUUCCUGGCAUAUGGGGAGCCCUUAGGGAUGGCUUUGGCCUGCAUGGCUCUUGGAUUAUCGACACUCACAGCAGCUGUUCUUGGGGUCUUUGUGAAACAUCACAACACGUCCAUUGUCAAGGCAAAUAACCAGUCUCUCAGCUACAUCCUGCUCCUCUCCCUCAUCUUCUGUUUCCUCUGUUCCUUGCUAUUUAUUGGUCGUCCCAACACAGUCACCUGCAUUCUACAGCAAACCACAUUUGGAGUUGCAUUCACUGUCACUGUUUCUGCUAUUUUGGCCAAAACUGUAACUGUGGUUCUGGCCUUCAAGGUCACUUCUCCAGGGAGAAGGAUGAGGAGGCUGCUGAUGUCAGGGGCUCCUAACUUCAUCAUUCCCAUCUGCACCCUGAUCCAGGUGACUCUCUGUGGUAUCUGGCUGGGAACCUCUCCUCCAUUUAUUGACACAGACACACACUCUGAACAUGGCCACCUUAUCAUCCUGUGUAACAAGGGAUCCUUCACUGCCUUCUACUGUGUCUUGGGAUACCUGGGCUCCCUGGCCCUGGCCAGCUUCACUGUGGCUUUCCUGGCCAGGAACCUGCCUGACACCUUCAAUGAAGCCAAGUUCCUGACCUUCAGCAUGCUAGUGUUCUGCAGUGUGUGGCUCACCUUCCUGCCUGUCUACCACAGUGCCAAGGGCAAAGUCAUGGUGGCUGUGGAGGUCUUCUCCAUCUUGGCCUCCAGUAUAGGGCUCCUGGGCUGCAUCUUUUUCCCCAAGUGCUACAUCAUUUUGAUAAGGCCUGAUAAAAAUUGUGCACAUGGCUUUAGGAACAGAAAAGUACCUAUGCAUAUUAAGCCCUCCUAA